GUUCCUCUUGUCGCAGGUGGAAGUGCAGCAGAAUGUAACGGUGCUUCUUACGGACUGUCCUCGCAUCUUCUCGGCCAUCACAAGUCCCCCUCUUUUCCGCUAUUCGGACCGUGCGGAGAUUCGGUGUUUUCGGGGGAUGGGUGUUGCAGGGACGAUCAGCAGAGGCGACUAACGUUUGAAAAGAUGUCCAACAUCCUCGAUGCGGCGUCCAGAGUGAAAUGGGACCGCACGACUGCGGCGAAGAGAGCCGUGUUCCUGGCGGCUGCAGCUUACGGCGUUAAAACGCUGUACCCCAUCAUCUGGAAGCAGCUCUGCGGGAACAAAAAGCCGAACCGCGAUCGCCGGGCGUCGAAGGCAGAGAACGGCUCGACGUGCUCCGGGAAGGCGCAGAUAGACGUCGUGGAUGAUAAGAAAGCAUCCCCGGGAGUCAAUGCGGAGUUUUUCAAGCAGAUCCUGGAACUUGGUCAAAUCCUCUUCCCCAGGCUCGUUUCCAAAGAGCUAGCUUUGCUGUGCUUGCACUCGGUGGCGCUGAUAUCCAGGACAUUUCUGUCUAUUUACGUGGCCAGCUUGGACGGGAAGAUAGUGAAGACGAUCGUGGAGAAAAAGCCCCGGCACUUCAUCAUCCAGCUGAUGAAAUGGCUCCUCAUCGCGAUCCCGGCCACGUUCGUCAACAGCGCCAUCCGGUAUCUAGAGUGCAAGCUGGCUCUGGCCUUCCGCACCCGGCUGGUUAACCAUGCUUACCGGACCUAUUUCACCGAUCAGACCUACUAUAGAGUCAGCAACAUGGACGGGAGGCUCGCCAACCCGGACCAGUCGCUCACCGAGGACGUGAUGAUGUUCUCCCAGUCGGUGGCCCAUCUGUAUUCCAACCUCACCAAGCCGAUCCUGGACGUGAUGCUGACCUCCUACACGCUGAUUCAGACCGCCACGGCGAGGGGCGCCAACGCCAGCGGGCCGACCCUGCUGGCCGGGCUGGUGGUCUUUGCCACGGCCAAGGUCCUGCGUGCUUGCUCCCCCAGGUUUGGCAAGCUGGUUGCGGAGGAAGCGCACAGAAAGGGCUACCUACGCUACGUGCACUCCAGGAUUAUUGCUAACGCUGAGGAAAUAGCGUUUUACAGAGGACACAAGGUGGAGAUGUGUCAGCUGCAAAAGUGCUACCGGGCCCUGGCCGACCAGAUGAACCUGAUCCUGUCCAAGCGCCUCUGGUACAUCAUGAUCGAGCAGUUCCUCAUGAAGUACGUGUGGAGCGGCUCCGGCCUCGUCAUGGUGGCCGUGCCCAUCAUAACGGCCACGGGCUUCGCCGACAACGAAACGGCGGACGGACAGGCGCAGAUGAUGGUGAGCGAGAGGACGGAGGCGUUCACCACCGCCCGUAACCUCCUGGCAUCCGGAGCCGACGCCAUCGAGAGGAUCAUGUCCUCCUACAAAGAGGUCACAGAGCUGGCAGGUUACACGGCGAGGGUCCACAACAUGUUUGUAGUGUUUGAAGACGUCCAGAGGGGGAUCUACAAGCGCUCCUCUCUGUCCGCCACCACAGGGACGACGCUGAAAAGCAAACCCGAGAUGCAUAUAGAUGGGCCGCUGGAGAUAAAAGGUGAAGUGAUUGACGUGGACAGAGGCAUCGUGUGCGAGAACGUCCCGAUCAUCACACCGAACGGGGACGUGGUGGUGUCAUGCCUGAACCUAAAGGUGGAAGAGAGCAUGCACCUGUUGAUCACGGGCCCAAACGGAUGCGGGAAAAGCUCUCUGUUCAGGAUCCUCAGCGGCUUGUGGCCCGUCUACGGCGGCCGCCUACACAAACCUUCGCCCGAGCACAUGUUCUACAUCCCUCAGAGGCCAUACAUGUCAAUGGGAUCUCUGCGAGACCAGGUGAUCUACCCAGACUCUGUGGAGGACAUGGCUGCCAGAGGGCUGACCGACAAGGACCUGGAGGCCAUCUUGGACAUCGUCAACCUCUAUCACAUCGUCACCAGAGAGGGAGGCUGGGAUGCUGAGCUGGACUGGAAGGACGUUCUGUCUGGAGGCGAGAAGCAGAGGAUGGGCAUGGCUCGCAUGUUCUACCACAAGCCCAAAUACGCCCUGCUGGAUGAGUGCACCAGCGCCGUGAGCAUCGACGUGGAGGGAAAGAUUUUCCAGGCUGCCAAGGACGCCGGCAUCUCGCUGCUCUCCAUCACCCACCGGCCGUCCCUGUGGAAGUACCACACCCACCUGCUGCAGUUCGACGGGGAGGGCGGCUGGCGUUUCGAGGAGCUGGACUCGGCGACCCGCCUCUCCCUCACCGAGGAGAAGCAGCGGCUGGAGGCCCAGCUCGCCGGCAUCCCCGAGAUGCAAAACCGCCUCAACGAGCUCUGCAAGAUCCUGGGAGACGACUCCGUCCUCAAAACAGCCGAGGAGGGGGGUGUAGGUGUAGGCCACGGCGACCAAGGAAAGCAAAAUCUAGCAGCUUUCCGUUAGCUUUUUUUUUUUUGCUCCAAAUGGGAGCUUCUAAAGACUUGAGCCCUGCUGUCUUCACCCCCCUUUUAUUCCAACACACCGACUGUAUGUUCAGUCGUACUUUUAAAAGCUGGGUUUUAGCAGUUGUUAAAGCAAAAGCAACAGAAACAACGACCCCAGAUUAACUAAAAUGAUUGUUCGGUUCGUGAUCUAGCACUUUACAUUUAGAGGGCCUCCUCUACGAAUUGUAAUUGUUCAUGCUGAUAUACAGGCAUCAGUUAUUCGUUUUUUUCUUUACCCACAGCAGUAUUGCGAGGGACGGCAAAGACGGCUGUCGUUCUGUUGUUUUUGUUGUUGUUGUUUACCUCCAGCUCAGCAAAAUAUGUCACCGUAACGAGAGUUCUGCUUCUAUUUUUCAUACCGUUUCUCAAACCGUUUUCUGGCAUUUCGCAUCGUCUCCCUUCUGCCGAAGGGAGCAGAGGAUCAGGGACGGAGCAGAUGCUUGGUUGUCCUUCAGCGCGCGCGGACGUUUUGCUGCUGGUCAAGCUCGUGGCUACGACAACAGUCGUGGUUCGGCUGUCGACACAAACGCAUACAUCCGCUGAGAUAUAUCGACCGGAGAGCGCCUGUAGUUUACAGUUUUUGUCCGGUCUCAAGCAAAACUGAAGUUCAAAUGAUGUCUCCACUGACCGUUGGGGGACUUUUUAUGGCCUUCUUUCGGCGAAGGUACGCUUCUCCUCUUAAAAACCUAGUUCUGUCCGAACGUUUAGCAGGUUGAACCCAAUUCUCAAUUAUACAAAGUGCUUUUUUUUUUUUUUUUUUGAUGCACUUUAUCGUUCCCGAUAGCUGUUGAUAGCACAUCCUGCGGCGUCUACGGAGGAAAGGCUGUUCUUGAGGAUUGUUUAGAUGUUCUAGAUUUUUACUUUCCGCUGUUUCAUUUUGACGACUGAUCGGAUCGGAGGUUGCGAUACUGUGAAACUACCGAAUUGUGACGUAAACUCAACCCCAUCCUUCCUCUUCAGGGUUUUUUUUUUUUUUUCUUUGGCCUAAUCGGGUUCAAACCUGUGUACACGCUCGCUACGUCCUGCAUGAAUCAAAUCAGGAGCAGGAGCUUAUGCCUUAUGAAUAUGAAUAUUCAAGUGAUCCUAAAACAUUUUUUUUUUUUACCUCAGCACAACCUGUUAAUAACUUGUUUUAUGUAGAUGUUUAAGGUAAUGACAACAUUUAAAGAACCACUGCUUUAUUUUAUGAAAUUCGUCAAACAAUUGUUUUCAAAACUGCAACUGAGCAACACAGUAUUUUCCCACCCCCACAUGUUGCUGCCUGGCUUUUUCAGACAUUCAGCUGCCUAAAAAAAUCUUU